AUGUCGUCGGCCUCUCCUCAAAAGGAACCCGAGGUGGAACCUGAGACUCAGUCAGGCGAUGACCAGGAACAGAUGGAUCGGGAGAAUCAAGAGACGCAAAACCAAGGCCACGAGUUCGAGGUGAAGGAGCAGGACCGGUGGCUCCCUAUUGCAAAUGUGGCCCGUAUAAUGAAAACUGCCCUACCGGAGAAUGCCAAGAUUGCGAAAGAGGCCAAGGAGUGCAUGCAAGAAUGCGUGAGCGAAUUCAUCUCAUUCAUCACCAGCGAAGCGUCUGAAAAAUGCCAGCAAGAGAAGCGCAAGACGGUCAACGGUGAAGAUAUUCUGUUUGCUAUGACCUCUCUUGGAUUCGAAAACUAUGCCGAGGCCUUGAAGAUCUAUCUUACAAAAUAUCGCGAGACGCAGUCGGCAAGGGGUGAGAGCCAGAACCGGACUACGAGCAGCAAUUACAACACCGGUGGUCCUGUGGGUGGUUCAGUGAGCGGAUUAUCCGCUGCGCGCGGAGCAUCUGCGACGGCCAACGCCUCGAGCUCUUUUGCCGGUGCAUCGGAAAACAACAACAAUAACAACAAUAUUCUGCCCACCAAUAUGGACCCGUCCGAGCAGGACAACUCGAACUAUGGGUACACCUCCAUGGUCGGCCAGAGCCACAAUGGAACCGGUGGCGAAUCUUACUAG